CUCUUUCUCUCUCUCUCUCUCUCUCUCUCUCUCUCUCUCUUUCUGUCUGUCUUUCUUUCUAUCUCUCAGUCAGUAAUAAUGGAGCCCAGCAGUCCCAAGAAGAUCCAGUUUGAUGUGCCUCCGCUGCAGGGACAGCUGGACCCACAGGCCGCCGAACAUAUCCGUCGCAGAAGACCAACUCCUGCCACUCUGCAGAUCUACAGACAACCUGGCACAGAUGUUGGAGAUCAACACAAUGCCAGCGGAGACUCGCAGGCUUCAGAUGGUGCUCAGAGGAAGCAGAGCACCUACGCCCCGCCCACCAUGAAAGAGCUUCAACUGGGGGUGGAGCAACACCUGCUCGGGGCGGGGCUCUGUGAGACAGAUGGCCAGCUGAGCCCAAUCACGGCACAGCUCUAUGCCAACGCCACCCUGUGGGACAAUCACAAUGGGCCAGAGGAAACCAAUGGGAAUGAGGCCAGUCUGCUGUUAGCCAAUCAGGAGAGAGGAGUGGCAGAGAGCAACAGUUCAGGGGAAUUGUCAUGUGACCACAAAAAGGAAGCAUCCAGUCCGGACUCCGUCUCCCGAUAGCCACCCUUCGCUCACUUUCACCUCUUUGUCCUUAAUAACCGACAUUUCCCACCUGCUCACCGCUGCUGUUUCCAUCUGAUCCCCCAUUAACACACUGCUUCACUCUCACGCAACAUAACGUACCGUAUGUUUUGAUCUGCUCUCUCACAUACAGACUCAUGCACAUACUAAAUCAUCUAAAUUUAAAAAGGACUGUAGGUGACGGUGGUGCUUGUGUAGAAAUGGCUGUGAAUAAAGAUGUAUUAUAUUGGAA